AUGAGUCUGAAGCUUAAUAUUCUCGGCCACGAGUUUUCCAACCCGUUCAUGAACGCGGCGGGCGUGCUGUGCAGUAGCGAGGAGGACCUGCGCUGCAUGACAAUGUCGGCUAGUGGCUCGCUGGUGUCGAAGAGCUGCACGACUGCGCCGCGUGCUGGGAACCCGGAGCCGCGCUACCACUGCCUGCCGCUGGGCAGCGUCAACUCGAUGGGGCUGCCCAACCUGGGCUUUGACGUCUACCUGCGCUACGCCGCCGAGCUGCACGACUACGGCAGCAAGCCGCUCUUCCUCUCCAUGUCUGGUCUCUCGGUGGAAGAGAACGUGGCGAUGGUGCAGCGCCUUUCUCCUGUUGCGCGGGAGAAGGGCGUUGUGCUGGAGCUGAAUCUCUCCUGCCCGAACGUCCCCGGCAAGCCGCAGGUGGCGUAUGACUUCGCAACGAUGCGCACAUACCUCCAGGAAGUCUCAGCUGCGUACGGCCUGCCGUUCGGCGUCAAGAUGCCGCCGUACUUCGAUAUUGCACACUUCGACAUGGCCGCCGCUGUGCUGAACGAUU